AGUUACGGUUUCGAUAAUAGUUUCGUCAUGGUUAAACACUGAUUUCAAACUUGAGUGACGAUAAUAGUUUCGUAUGUCUGAUAUUUAAUUUAUUGUGCUUGCAGUUUUAUGUCAUUUGAAUUAUACGCCCUGAUAUAAUCUUAAUCAUCAUAAAUUGUGUUUUUUUCUUUAAAUAAACAUAUUUUAAUAUUAAAAUGCCGACUGUUGUUCCUGACGAUUCUCGAUUUCAAGUUGAGCUCUCAAACGCCGGCUCAAGAUUGGUUGUCGUUGAUUUUACAGCUUCGUGGUGUGGGCCAUGUCGUCGUAUAGCUCCUUUUUUUGAUGAACUGAGUCGGCGUUAUCCAGCCAUAACUUUUCUUAAGGUUGAUGUUGAUCAGUGUCCUGAAACAGCAACUUCUCAAGGUGUCACAUCCAUGCCAACCUUUAUUUUCUAUAAGAAUAAAAUGAAGAUUGGGCAAGUCAGUGGGGCAGAUUCAGCUGCCUUGGAAGCUAAAAUCAAAGAGCUAUCAGGAGGUGAAGGAGAUGAAGGAUCCGAGAGUGGUGUGCAUGGGCAUGUUGAUCUUGUAAACUUCAUAAGUAAAUCAGCGUGCGAAUGUCUAAAUGAUGCAGAUGACCAUCCUUUUGCUAACAGCUUCACAUCAGGACCUGGUUAUUUGGAGUCUGAUUGUGAUGAACAGCUUAUCAUGUCAUAUGGUUUCAAUCAAGCUGUAAAACUGCACUCCUUGAAAAUUUCAGCCCCUGAAGAUAAUGGACCUAAAACAUUAAAAUUAUUCAUUAAUCAACCAAGAACAUUGGAUUUUGAUCAAGCCGAUUCAUCAGAACCAGUUCAAAUACUAGAGUUGAAGCCUGAAGAUUUGACUGGUGAAAAGCCUAUACUUUUAAGAUAUGUUAAAUUUCAAAAUGUACUGAAUUUACAGAUAUUUGUGAAAGAUAACCAAACUGGUGCUGAAACUACAAGGAUCAAUCACUUAGCAAUAAUAGGAAGUACAAUAUCUAUGACCAACAUGAGUGAUUUCAAGAGGGUGGCUGGUAAAAAAGGUGAAAGUCAUUGAGAAACUGAAAAUUCAAUAUUGCCAACCUAAAAUAAAAUUUCCAAUUUGCAUUUUGCUACAUUUUUAAAAGCUAAAGUGAGCUCAGCAAUCCUCAAUCUUUUUUAUGCUAAUGGCAAUCUUGAAAAGUAUGAAUUGUAUUUUGUUCUUUCAACCGUAUGCUAUAUAGAAACAGUGUAAUCAAAAUAGACUUUCUAACCAGGCUACAUGAGAACAUUAGAGUUAUCAACUUAUUAAACUGUGUGAGUGGUGAUGAUCUGAUGUUCAGGGCGAGAGGGUGUGUUAAUUAUGUAAUUUAUACAUAUGAUAAUAAACGCUUUCAAAGCAUUG